UUGACACUCUUAGCUUCAUUAACGUCGUCGUUAAAAUAAUAACUCAAAAUAAAUUAUUGCUUUUACUUACAUAUUUUAUGAGUAACUUGGAAAGUAGCAAAUAACUUAAAUGUUUUUUUUUUUUGGAAUUUUACAACGCAGUGUAUUCGCAUACAUGUCAAAAUAGUAAAUUCCAAAUUAUUUUCGUCACAAAAAAGUUUCACUUUGUUUAGAUUAAAUUUAUAUGAGUUUACGAAAUAAGAAAAUUUACUGGCCGAGAAAGGCGAUUUUUGGCAAAAAAUUGUUUAAAGGCACACAGCCACACUACUAUGAGGUAUGGGUUCUCUCAGAAUUUCAAUUAUAUAUCACACUGAUUGACCGAUAUUUUCGGUAUUAGGUCAACUAUAGGCACUGGGAUUCACAUAUUCGACACCUAAGGGUUUGAAUAGUUUUAGUUUGAUUUGGACAAUUUUUAACUAUAAAGUAGCACGCUGCAGGGGCACUAGGCGUGCAAAGAUUCAUCCCGUUAUAUUUAUUGUUUCUGGCUUUGUAUACUGAAAGGUGAAAGAAUCAUAUAGAAUUUAAGAUGUGUUAUAUGAGAAAUGGGCGUGAUUGUACAAUAGUUCGAUUUCGGCCAUGUUUGCACUGUAACACAAUAUCGUCACGAGAAUAUCAUGUACCAAAUGUAGCAAAUUUGGUUGAAGUAGUUCUGCAGAUAUGUGAUUUUACCCUAAAUAGGGACGGUGCCACUCCCAACGUUUAAUUUUAAUAUCGGCUCCUAUAAAACCCUCUUGUACCAUUCCGGAUGUAAAUUUUAAUUUGACUGAUGCAUUUAGUUAUUGAUUUAUCGCACUUUUAGUAGUUUUUAAUAAAACCGUUAUAUGGGCAGUGGGGAGGUUAUCAUCCCAUUUCAUUAAUUUUUACAUGCAAAAAGACAAAAAUAUGUAUUCUGUGUCUCAUAUAGCUAUAUGAUAUACAUAUAUAUAUACAUUAAACUUAUUAGGAGGCGGGGCAAUGCCGCUUCUAAUUUCUACGCAAGUUACGGCUUGCACGGCCAGAUGGACGGACGGAUCGACGGACAGACAGACAGUCAGCCGGAUUUCAACUCGUCUCGUCAUCCUGAUCAUUUAUAUAUAUAACCCUAUAUCUAACUCGAUUAUAUACAAACAACCGGCAGGUGAACAAAACUAUUACACUCUGUAGCAACAUGUUGCAAGAGUAUAAAAACUAAUUUUUUACCGUAAUUUCGGAAUAGGUCUCCCUUAGAAAAUAAAUUUAUUAGUAAGUGCCGCCUCCUCUUUUCCUUCUGUGCCUUUCAUUAAUGAAAUAUUUACCAAGUAGUUGAGAAAAUUAGAUUAAAUACAUCCCGAAAGUUGGGAGCAUGACCUUAAUAGAAAUUUUUGCUGAUUUUAAAAAUAUUUUUUGGUUUUGCCCAGAACUUUCUUUUAGGAUCGUUGAUUCAAAUGUUGUUGAUACUGAUUAGCGAAAACUUUUUUGCUUUGUAUAUUUUGGAAAACCUUAUCGCAAUUACUCAUAAAAAUGAUGAUAACAAUUUUUUUAAUUAAUUAUCCAUAGUUCUAAAAAGAUAGCAAACGCGAGAAAAUUGUGUAGCUAAAAUACGAUACUGAAACCGACUAGUAGAGUUUAGCAAAGAAAAUGCCCACAAAACAAGAAAUUAAAAAAUUCUUGAAUUAUUGGAAUUUAUGGUAAAAAAGCUUGAUAAUCAAUUGUAAAUACCUCGUCCAAAGUGUUCACAUAUUCUGUUUCCCUAGUAUUGAGCAUCCUGUAUACUCAGGAUCAAGAACUACUAAUCUUUUUGAAAACAGAAUAUAACUUUGUGGAGAUAUUUUCGAAAAUUCUCACUGUUGAAUCAAUCGAAAUUAACUUAACGCCAUCAUUGAAGGCAACGUCGCCACAAACAAUAUUUAUGUUGUAGAUUUAAAGAAGAUUGGAAAAUAAUUUAUAAAAAAAUUUCGGUUUUGUUCCGCUACUUUUUUGGAAUGAAAAAUACAUUACUUUUAUGAAUAUAUAAAAUAUUCAUAAUGUGAUGAUUAUGUAACAAAUAAUAUUUAGUAGCAAAUGUAAAUCUUUGCAAAAAAGUAACAUUAUAGAGAAUUUAAUGCUUAUCACUCCUGGAAUUUUGCAACGAAAUACUGCAAAAUUUUUAUUAUAAUCGGAUUUUAUAUAGCGGUGCUAACAUAUUAAGCACUCUAUACAAAUUAUAUAAAUAGUUGUGCAUAUGUGUCCAAUUUGUCAAUAACAAUGAAUCAUAAUUAGUAUUUUGUACAGCAGUUGACAUUAUGUGUUACUAACCAAUAUAAGUAUGUAUGUACCAUAUAUAUAUAUGUACCAUAUAUUAUAUUUAAUUGUAUACCUGCCUCAGCGUUAAUCAGCUAAGGAGAUGUAUGUGAUGAUUUGUAUGUGGCAUAUGUAUUCAAUUCCAGGUAGCUGAGUGAAGUUUGUUUUGAGCAUUUUUCACGGUUGGCCUUAGAGCUCCAUGAGCAUUGGAAAUUCCUUUGUUAAAAAAUCCCAGCGAAAAGGAUUUUUUUCGCUGCCAGCGGGUGGGUAAGUUUACCGUAAUUUGGGUUAUUUGGUAUACAUUUUGUGAAUGUUACAAAUAUGUUGGCUUUCGGGCAUAUGUAAGAACGCCUAAGACAUACUUUCGAAACUAGUAUAAAAUAUUCGCAUGCUCCUCGAGCAGCAGCAGUCAGUAGAAUUAGCUGUUAGACGAUACAACGUAGUAACAGAGCUGAAGCAUUUCGAAAAAAUAUAAUAGCAUUUGAGCGAUUAAAUUUUAACCAAUUAACUUCACGGGAAUUAAAAUUUAUGUAUGUUUAUUUUUUUAAAAUUUAUUGAUUAAAAAUAAAAACAACCAGCGUAUUGAAAAGUAUUGACUUGAUAAUAUAUUAACAUCAUACACCAGCAUUUUGUGACGACAGCAGCGCAUUAAAUAAACGCAGACGUUAAUAUAUACGCAACAACAAAAACUAAUAAUAAUAAUAUAAGAGAGCGCAUAUUUAUGUGGUUCCGCGGGAGAUAAGAAAGAAUUUCAUUCAUCUCCGAGCAAGCGCAACGAAUCACAGAAAAACCAAAGUCAAACAAAGCCAUCAAAAUUCAACGCAAAGAAACGACAAUUUACAAAAGCAACUAACAACUCACAAUCAAUCAACACAUUAUACAAAAAGUGUUGCUGUACAUUUGUUAUUGGCGCAUCGGAAUACAGUAAUCAUCAAAGCUGGUUUUCCCAUAGGCAAACUCAAGCGUUAGCGAAGGCAGUCGGGACCGGUCAUUGUGUGCGCGAGACUUGCUGUGAGCAGUUCGCCGACGAACUAAUAUCGGCUUUGGAGUGUGUUUGCUAUCAAUUUCGCUAAGAAUAAAAUUACUUUUUACGCAAAUUAUAAAAAUCAAACGUUUUCGUGACAUCAUAAACAUGACGUUUCUGAACGUAUUUGAAUUUCUUGCCGCCUAUGUGAUAUUUAUCGCACGCGCACGCUCUUAUCCCGCAACUGUGACGCUACCGACGGAGAAUAAUGCGACACAAUUUGAUGUUUUCCAGUUUGCCGUUAACGAGAGCCAUAUAUUUAACAUACCGCCUGGAAUAUUUACGACAUUCAUACCACUGCCAGCUGAAGGGUCGCUCAAUGAUGGCAUAGAUGAUUAUGUUCCAUAUCGCAGCGAUGUGCACGAUAGCUUUUCAUGGGCGUUAAUUAAGCAAAUACUGGUGUCAACAACACCGCGUCGUAAUGUGAUUGCAACUGCUGCUGCUGUGGGUGUUGAUUUGCCUGAAGAUGCAGAGAAUAUCGUAUUUUCACCCUUUUCCGUGAAGCUCGUGCUCGCGCUACUCACUGAAGCCACAGGUAAUGGCACGCGUUCACAGCAACAACUACUUGCCACUCUGGGCGAUAUAGAGUCGCUCGAGAAUUUACGUAAUUUUUAUAGUAUGACGCUUACGGCUUUGAAGAAGAAACACGCAGAUUACACUUUACGCCUAGAGACACGCCUCUAUACAGAUAAAUCAGUGCAAGCGCUACCUUCAUAUGCUAACCUGUUAAAGUCAGCUUAUCAAACACCUGUCGAUAAUCUAGAUUUCAACGACGGCGUCGCGGCGGCUGAGAAGAUCAAUUCCUGGAUUGCGCGUGUCACGGAGGGUCGCUUGCAGCAAUUGGUUACAGACGAAAGUGUUACGAAGAGCGUUAUGCUGUUAGUGAAUGCCAUCUAUUUCAAUGGCAAGUGGCGUCGUCAGUUCACUGAAACGAACCCUGGCACCUUUUAUCGCACCGCAACCGAUCAAUUGAAGGUUGCUUACAUGGAAUUGACCGAUCACUUCUAUUAUCAUGAGAGUAAUGAGUUGAAGGCGAAAAUUAUACGACUGCCUUAUCGUGGCCAGAAGUUCUCGAUGUUCAUCGCGUUACCUGAUGAAGGUCAAAACAUUGACUUGUUCAUCUCUCGCAUGCAAAAUGAGCAAUUGAAGCAUAUGCAAUGGAUGACAGAACGCAGUAAAGUGCGUGUGGUCUUGCCCAAAUUCAAAUUCGCCUAUAAAACCGAUCUGAAAGCAGCCUUGUGUCGCUUGGGCGUAGAGGACAUCUUCACCAAAAACGCUAAUUUAACCGCUAUGGCUGCAAACGAAGACUUACAAUUGAUGGUUUCAAAUAUACUGCAGAAAAGCGGUAUCGAUGUCAACGAAGUGGGCACAGUAGCUUAUAGUGCUACGGAAGUAGAAAUUGUAAAUCGUUUUGGCGCCGAUGAAGAGGAAUUCAUUGUGAAUCGACCGUUUGCCUUCUUCAUUGAAGAAGAGAGCACGGGGAAUAUCCUCUUUGCCGGUAAAGUGAUGAAUCCUACGACAUGAGCGAUUCUUUUUAUUUAGUUGCUUAGGUUUUUAGCGUGUAUUAUGUAAAUAAUUUGUAAUCUUAAGUGUUAGUGUAGCCCAGCAUUAGUUAAUGUUAUGUGAAAAAUUAACAUAUACGGUGCAUUAAUAAAAAACUUAAUAUUUUUAACUGUGUAACAAGAAAAAUAAACGGAUAUUAUAAGGAAAUAUUUAUAAACUAA